AUGGCUACAGACGAGAGCAACAAAGAAAAUUCAAAGCUGGGAAAAUCGCCAAAAUAUGUGUUAGUUCAGCGCUUUGCGAAACUCUUCUUUGGCUGCCUUGCGGCAGUCACCAGCGGGAUGAUGUACGCUGUGUACCUCUCAACGUACCAUGAACGGAAAUUCUGGUUUUCCAGCAGGCAGGAACUGGAACGAGAAAUUACAUUUCAGGGUGACAGCGCCAUUUAUUAUUCAUUCUAUAAAGAACUGCUAAAGGCUCCUUCCUUUGAAAGAGGUGUUUAUGAAUUGACACACAACAAUAGGACAGUAUCGCUGAAGACUAUAAAUGCAUUCCAGCAAAUGACUUUAUAUCCAGAGUUGAUUGCCAGUGUAUUGUACCAAGCAUCUGGUAGUGAAGAAGUUAUUGAGCCAGUGUAUUUCUACAUUGGUAUAGUUUUUGGACUGCAGGGAAUUUAUGUGACUGCAUUGUUUGUAACCAGUUGGGUUAUGAGUGGGACUUGGCUGGCAGGAAUGGUGACUGUAGCAUGGUUCAUUAUUAACAGGACAGAUACAACAAGAAUUGAUUACUCCAUACCAUCAAGGGAAAAUUGGGCCUUGCCGUAUUUUGCAUGUCAAGUAGCAGCUCUCACAGGCUAUUUAAAAAAAAACUUAAAUUGUUCUGCUGAGAAGUUUUGUUACCUUUUGGUGAGCGCUUCAACGUACACCUUCAUGAUGAUGUGGGAGUACAGUCACUAUCUCCUGUUUAUCCAGGCAGUUUCUCUCUUUCUGCUAGACAGCUUUGCCCUGGCACAGACAGAGAAGGUACAUGAAGUAUACAAGAUCUACUUGUUAUCUAUCUUUUCGGGGUACCUCUUGCAGUUUGAAAAUUCAGCCUUACUAGUGUCACCAUUACUAAGUCUUGUAGGAGCUUUAAUGCUGUCUAAAUGCCUUCAGAUGAAUAUGAGAAAAGGUACAUUUAUGUCAAGAUUGCUGAAAAUAAUGUACAUUUACUUGGUACUUACAGUAACAGUGACACUAAACUUCUUACUGAAGAUGUUCAUUCCUCAUAAAGAAAAUGAGCACUUGCUGAAGUUCCUUGAAGUUAAACUUGGCUUAAACACAACUAAGAAUUUUACAAUGAAUUGGCUCCUUUGUCAAGAAUCACUUCAGGCACCUUCCCAAGACUUUUUUUUGCGGCUAACUCAGUCAUCACUGUUGCCUUUCUAUAUUUUAGUAUUAAUUAUCUGCCUUUUUUCUGUAACUCAGGUCAUUUUUAGGAGAAUGUGUGGUGAACCACUGAAAGAGACAGUUAAACUUGAGGAUGGUCGAAUUGGAGAGAGACCAGAAAUAGUUUAUCAUGUAAUUCACACAAUUUUACUUGGUUCUCUAGCGAUGUGUUUGGAAGGAAUGAAGUAUCUGUGGACUCCGUACGUUUGCAUGCUUGCUGCAUUUGGUGUGUGCUCGCCAGAACUUUGGAUGACUCUUUUCAAGUGGCUUCGACUGAAGGCCGUGCACCCCAUUUUGCUGGCUCUCAUUCUAAGUAUGGCAGUUCCCACAAUAAUCGGAUUCAGCUUGUGGAAAGAGUUUUUCCCUAGGAUAAUGACAGAGCUUUCAGAACUACAAGAAUUCUACGAUCCAGAUACAGUAGAACUCAUGACAUGGAUAAAGAGACAGGCUCCCGUGGCUGCUGUGUUUGCAGGCAGUCCACAGUUAAUGGGUGUCAUCAAGCUUUGUACUGGAUGGAUGGUGUCAAGUCUGCCUACGUAUAAUGAUGAUGAUCUCCUAAAGAGAAAUGAAAAUAUUUAUCAGAUCUAUUCAAAGAGGUCUGCAGAAGAUAUUUAUAAGAUACUCACAUCUUACAAAGCAAAUUUUUUGAUUAUUGAAGAUUCAAUUUGCAAUGAAGUGGGACCUGUGAGAGGAUGUAGAGUUAAAGACCUAUUGGAUAUUGCUAAUGGCCAUGUGGUUUGUGAGGAAGGAGACAGUUAUGCCUACUCAAAACACGGACGAUUCUGUCAUGAAAUCAAAAUGAACUAUUCGCCAUAUGUGAAUUAUUUUACUCGGGUAUACUGGAACAGAUCCUACUUUGUAUAUAGGAUCAACACUGUGAUAUCCUUCCAGUCAUGAAAACAAGACAUGCAAGAUUCUUUCUCAAGAUAAUUGAGCAGAAUUCAGUUGGAAAAGUUCCUUUUGACCAAAGGAAAUAUUUUUCCAGAUACAUGUGGGCACAUGCAGUGUACUGACAGCUUCAAUUUACCAAACUGGAACCGUAU